UUCUUAUACAUUUGUAAUCCUCUAUUUUGUUUUUCUGAUUGUAUCCCGAGAAAAUAAGAAAGAGAGUUUUUUUUUUUUUUUUUUUUUUUUCAAUUGUCGUAUUCCCUCCCUCUAAGUCUGUUGUUUGGGGAAUAAUCACAUAAUCUUCUUCCAUUUUAUAGUUUGUUUGCCCAAAAAAAAAAGAAAAAAAAAAAAAGAGCUUGUUUUGGAAGUCUUAAGGCUAUUCGACGACUUAACGAUCUCUCUUUGUAAUUUUCGCUUCUGUAAUUGCUUUUGGAUUUUUUUUUUCUUGGUGUGGUUGUUUUAAAGGAGGUGAUCUGUUUCAGAGGCUUGGGUUUGGAAAAUUCUUGUUUCGUAGGAUUUUUUUUAUUGACUUUGGAAAUCGGAGUUUAGUAGCAUGAUUUGUUGUUGAAGAAGACAAAGGAGUUUGUUUUUUUUUUUUUUGUAUUUUUUGUUGAGAUGAAAAGGUCCAGAGAGGACGUUUACAUGGGCUCUCAACUCAAGCGGCCUAUGGUCUCUUCUCGAGGAGAAGCCUCUGGGCAACCCCAGAUGACGAGUGCAGGUGGUGCUCAGAAACUUACAACAAACGAUGCCCUUGCAUACCUAAAAGCUGUGAAGGACAUAUUUCAAGACAAAAGGGAUAAAUAUGAAGACUUUCUUGAAGUUAUGAAAGACUUUAAGGCUCAAAGAAUUGACACUGCGGGUGUGAUAGAGAGAGUGAAGGACUUGUUCAAAGGACAUCGUGACCUAAUUUUGGGGUUUAAUACCUUCUUGCCAAAAGGAUAUGAGAUUACCCUACCACUUGAGGAUGAACAGCCCCCACAAAAGAAGCCUGUUGAAUUUGAAGAGGCUAUAAAUUUUGUUAACAAGAUUAAGACACGGUUUCAAGGUGAUGAUCACGUUUAUAAAUCUUUUUUGGAUAUUUUAAAUAUGUACAGAAAGGAAAAUAAGUCCAUUACUGAGGUCUACCAGGAGGUUGCAACUCUUUUCCAAGAUCACCCUGAUCUGCUUGUGGAGUUUACUCAUUUUCUACCAGAUACUUCUGCAACUGCUAGCACUCUUUAUGCUCCAUCUGGCAGGAACUCUUUGCUCCGUGAUAGGAGCUCUGCUAUGGCCACGAUGCGGCAAAUACAUGUUGACAAGAAGGAUAGGGUCAUGGCUUCACAUGCUGACCGUGACCUUAGUGUUGACCGUCCUGAUCCAGACCAUGAUAGAUCUGCAAUGAGAGCAGACAAAGAGCAACGGAAGCGUGGUGAGAAGGAAAAAGAGAGGAGAGAAGACAGAGAUAGAAGAGAUGAUAGAGAUUUUGAGCACGAUGGCAAUAGAGACUCCAACAUGCAUCGUUAUCCCAACAAAAGGAAAUCUACACGUAGGGUUGAAGACUCAUCUGCUGAACAAUUACAUCAAGUUGGAGAAGGUGAUGAAAACUUUGGAAUACGUCCAAUUUCAUCCUCAUAUGAUGAUAAAAAUUCUGCGAAAAAUGUUUAUGGGCAAGAGUUUGCCUUUUGUGAGAAGGUGAAGGAGAAGUUACGGAAUCCUGAUGAUUACCAGGAAUUUUUGAAGUGCCUCCACAUCUACAGCAAAGAAAUCAUAACACGAGCUGAAUUACAAUCUUUGGUUGGUGAUUUGCUUGGAAGAUACCCAGACCUCAUGGAUGGGUUCAAUGAAUUUUUGGCAAGUUGUGAGAAGAAUGAUGGGUUCCUUGCUGGUGUCAUGAGUAAAAAAUCCUUGUGGAAUGAAGGGCAUUUAUCUAGACCAGUGAAAGUAGAGGACAGGGAUAGAGACCGAGAUCGUGAUAGGGAUGAUGGAAUUAAAGACAGAGACCGUGAAAAUCGAGAAAGGGAUAGAAGUGACAAAGGUGGUGCCUUUGGAAGUAAAGACACUGGGGCCCAUAAGAUGACUAUAUUUCCCAAGGAUAAGUAUAUUGCUAAGCCAAUUAAUGAACUUGACCUUUCAAACUGUGAGCGUUGCACUCCUAGCUACCGUCUUCUGCCAAAGAAUUAUCCAAUACCUUCUGCUAGCCAGAGAACAGAGCUCGGUGCUGAAGUAUUAAAUGAUCACUGGGUGUCUGUUACUUCAGGAAGUGAGGAUUAUUCUUUUAAACACAUGCGCAAAAACCAGUAUGAAGAAAGUUUGUUUCGAUGUGAAGAUGACAGAUUUGAACUUGACAUGUUGUUAGAGUCUGUGAAUGUAACAACCAAGCGUGUAGAAGAGCUUUUAGAAAAGAUCAAUAACAAUACAAUCAAAGCAGACAGUCCAAUUCGUAUUGAAGAUCACUUCACAGCUCUAAAUCUGAGGUGCAUUGAACGAUUAUACGGUGAUCAUGGGCUUGAUGUGAUGGAUGUGUUAAGGAAGAAUGCUCCUCUUGCUUUGCCUGUUAUCUUAACCCGACUGAAGCAAAAGCAAGAAGAGUGGGCAAGAUGCCGGUCUGAUUUUAAUAAAGUUUGGGCUGAAAUAUAUUCAAAGAACUAUCACAAGUCACUUGAUCAUCGCAGCUUCUAUUUUAAGCAGCAGGACUCAAAAAGCUCAAGCACAAAAGCCUUAUUGGCAGAGAUAAAAGAAAUCAGUGAGAAGAAGCGAAAAGAAGAUGAUGUCCUUCUAGCUAUCGCUGCGGGCAAUAGGCGACCUAUCAUCCCUAAUUUGGAAUUUGAGUAUCCUGAUCAUGACAUCCAUGAAGACCUGUACCAGCUUAUUAAAUAUUCGUGUGGAGAAGUUUGUACAACUGAACAGUUGGAUAAAGUAAUGAAGAUAUGGACAACCUUCCUGGAACCCAUGCUAGGUGUUCCUUCUCGACCUCAGGGCGCAGAGGAUACGGAAGAUGUAGUCAAGGCAAAAAUUCAUUCCGUCAAAAAUGCUGCUGCAAGUGUAGGAGAGAGUGAUGACAGUCCUGGUGGUGGUGCUACUGUUGUGAAUUCCAAACAGUUAAAUCCUUCCAGAAAUGGAGAUGAAAAUAUCCCACCAGAACAAUCAAGUUCUUGCAGGACUUGGCCAGCAAGUGGAGAUAAUGGUGUUAAGGAAGAAUGUUCUCUAGAUGCAGAUCGUGCACGUAAGGAUGAUACUAGCAAUGCCGCUCAACAUGGUAAAGUGCAGGUUCAUUCAUCUGUGGCUGAUGAAGUAUCAGGAGUCAGCAAACAAGACAAUUCCACUGAUCGAUUAGUCAAUUCUAAUGCAUUACUUGCCACUGGCAUUGAGCAAAGUAAUGGAAAAAAAAACAUAGAUGACACAUCAGGGCUUAACACUGCAUCUUCCAGACCUGGUAAUGGCACUGUUGAGGGUGGGCUUGAGUUACCUUCAUCAGAGGGUGGUGAUUCUACAAGACCUGUUAUAUCUUCGAACGGUGCUAUUACUGAAGGCACCAAAACUCAGAGAUAUCAUGAAGAAUCUGUUGGACACUUUAAAGUUGAAAGAGAAGAGGGUGAACUAUCUCCCAAUGGAGAUUUUGAGGAGGACAAUUUUGCAAACUAUGGGGAAGCUGGUUUGGAGGCUGUGCAUAAAGCUAAGGAUGGUUCUCUCAACAGACAAUAUCAAUCCAGACAUGGAGAAGAGGAAGUGUGUUGUGGAGAGGCAGGAGGUGAGAAUGAUGCUGAUGCUGAUGAUGAAGGCGAGGAAAGUGCUCAGAGAUCAUCAGAGGACAGUGAAAAUGCUUCUGAGAAUGGUGAUGUUUCUGGAAGUGAGUCUGGUGAUGCUGAGGAAUGUUCUCGUGAAGAGCAUGAGGAAGAUGGGGAUCAUGAUGAGCAUGACACUAAAGCUGAGAGUGAAGGCGAGGCUGAAGGAAUGGCGGAUGCCCACGAUGUUGAGGGUGACGGAACAUCAUUACCACUUUCAGAACGUUUUCUCCUGACUGUGAAGCCUCUUGCGAAGCAUGUUCCUCCAGCUUUGCACGACAAAGAAAAGGAUUCACGUGUUUUUUAUGGAAAUGAUUCUUUCUAUGUACUUUUCAGGCUUCACCAGACAUUAUAUGAGAGAAUACAAUCAGCCAAGAUUAAUUCAUCUUCUGCUGAUAGGAAGUGGAGGGGUUCAAAUGAUACAAGCCCUACUGAUCUCUAUGCCAGAUUCAUGAGUGCACUUUACAAUCUACUUGAUGGUUCUUCUGAUAAUACAAAGUUUGAGGAUGAUUGCCGAGCUAUUAUUGGAACUCAAUCGUACGUUUUAUUUACAUUAGACAAGCUGAUUUAUAAACUUGUUAAACAGCUCCAAACAGUUGCAGCUGAUGAGAUGGACAACAAACUCCUCCAGCUAUAUACCUAUGAAAAAUCGAGAAAACCUGGAAGAUUUGUUGAUAUAGUUUAUCACGAAAAUGCCCGUGUCCUCCUUCAUGAUGAGAACAUAUACCGUAUUGAAUGUACAUCCUUGCCAACCCACCUGUCCAUUCAGCUUAUGGACUAUGGGCAUGAUAAGCCAGAAGUGACUGCUGUUUCAAUGGACCCUAAUUUUUCAGCCUAUUUGCAUAAUGAUUUCCUCUCAGUUCUUCCUGACAAAAAGGAGAAAUCUGGGAUCUUCUUGAAGAGGAACAAACGCAGAUAUGCCAGUAGUGACGAUUUGUCCACUACUUGCCAGGCCAUGGAAGGACUUCAAGUUGUCAAUGGUCUGGAGUGUAAGAUAGCCUGCAAUUCAUCCAAGGUUUCUUACGUUUUAGAUACAGAAGACUUUUUGUUUCGGACAAAAAAGAAAAGGAGGACUUUGCAGCGAGACAGCUCGUGCCACAGCCAAGCUAGGUCUUCAAAUGGUUCUAACAGAGUUCAGCGGUUUCAAAGAUUGCUUUCUAGCUCAUAAAUAUGCCUUUCUGCGACAUGAAGUAAAUACACAUUUUGCUCGCAUACUUUUGACAGGGGUGCUGGAAAUUGAAAAUUGAGGCGCCGCGACCCCAAAAAAAAAAAAGAAAAAGAAAAAGAAAAAAAGCUACUGUGGAAUUACUUUUUUCAUGUAUUAUCCUAUUUCUGUCUCACCGAUCAAAUAAAGAAUUGAGGGGGGAGGACAUGGCUCGAAAGUUGUAGCAUACUGUGAGUUGGUGGUGGCAUUUUGAGCCACAAUUGUGUAAAUAGAGGUAAUUUGUGAUGUAAACUUGAGAUACAUGAUCAUUCAAUUCAUCUAUAUUCUUGUUAAA